CGACACUUCUUCUUCUUCUUCCUCCUCUGUUUCUCUCUCUACUUUCUCUCUGUGCAUAUGGCCGCCGAAGUUAGCUCGCUGGUGCGGCUCCGCGCCGGCUACGACGGCGACCAUCAUCGGACGGUGGGCAAUGAAUCCGGGACCGAGAAAUUGAUCACCCGCGAUUUGCUCAGCGGCUACUCCAAAUUUACAGACUCUCAAGAAUUGGACCUCGACCUCCAAGUUCCUUCCGGCUGGGAGAGAAAGCUCGACUUGAAGUCGGGAAAAAUGUUCAUUCAAAGAUGCAACGCGCCGGAUUUCAGCCACCACCAGACGAAUCCAACAGUGACAAAGCUUCAAGAUUUGAACUUUCCGCCGUCGCCCAAUUACCCAAAAUUCCAAUUAUCAAAUCAUUUUUCCGACGAAACCAAUUUGGAUUUGAAAUUGGUGUCGCCGUCGCUGUCGCCGUCGCCGAGGAGUAAUUACCAGAGCGUCUGCACUUUGGAUAAGGUGAAAUCGGCGCUCGAAAGGGCCGAGAAAAAUCCGAUCAGAAAACGGUCGUCGCUGUCGCCGUCGCCGUCGUAUUCGUCGUCGUCGUCGUCGGUGAAAGAAGACGACGACAACUCCCGAUCCAUCUCGUCGUCGCCGAUCGCCGCCGGCUGCCCCGGGUGCCUCUCGUACGUCUUGGUGAUGAAGAACAAUCCGACGUGUCCGCGGUGCAGCUCCGUCGUGCCGUUGCCGCCGGCGAAGAAACCUCGGAUUGAUCUGAAUAUUUCUAUUUAAUGGUAAAGAAAAAAAUAAAAAAA